UCCUCUGCACCUGACCUGCCAUGCCCCCGCCUCCCGCUCCCGCUCCCGCCGUCCCAUCGGUGGUCUCCUCGGGCCGUGGCACCGACCUUGGUCCCCGCGCUCAAGCCCUCCUGCAACCCGUCCCGUCCGACCUCUCGACCGUGAUACGCUCCGCGGCACGCCUCUUGCCGCCUCCGCCUCCCGCUUCGGAGCGCCGCCGUCCUCCGCCGCCGCUUGGAGGAGAGCCCCCUCUGCCCUCCUUCCGCGGCCACGCGCCGACGUGCCUCUGCGUACCCGUUCCUCGGCCGCGGGUGUCUGCUACGUGUUCGACCAAAUGCUUCAGUGCCCGUUUCCCCUUUCUCCUACAGUAUUUUACAACUUCCAGAAAAUCGCGAUCCUGCGCUACUACGCCCCGUAGCAAUUCCACCCGCACUCAUUUGACCUGGGCUAGCUUCAUCGCUCAAAGAAAGGGACGUUUUAGUGUAGCACUUUGUCAUCUCUAUACCUGCAAACCUUAUCAACGGCACAUUUAUUUAAUAGUGGAGUGUUCAGAAUGCUUAGUCCCCAUGGCAUGUUUGUGUAUGCCAGCUCUGUUUUCAAACUGAGAAUGCUGCAGCCUUCAGACUGCACGGGCCAUUGAAGGUUUUGCUCUUUGCUGCUUCUUUUAUCACUCUUCUCAACAUUCUCUAAACAUAAUGGAUUGCAUUGCAUUCAUGUCUUCAGUUAUGUGCUUGAUUUUAGGGAAAGACUUAAAGAUCUGUAUUCUAUUGUCUUUCUGACCGUUUGGCGAACACUUUCAGACCAGAUACAACACAAGCUUUCCAUAUGCUACAGGCUUGCUCUUCCGUAUUUCAAGAAAAAACUAAUGAUUUGAAUCCAUUUAAUUUGCCCUGAUUGAUGGUUGAUUGCUGAUUUGCAGUGUAAAUCUUGUGAUGUCCUAUCAUACAAUUACCUCAUCCACUCUAACACGGGUUCUUUUUGUUUGCAGGGUCAUUGUUCAUCUUUACUUCAAGGUCUAACUUUCAAUAGCAUUAAACUCUGCAAAUAUGACCAGCUUCAAACGGCUGCUCACUUGUGGUGAGAGCACUGCAUUGCUGGGGGAUUUGUUUAUCCUUAUUUUCUACAAGUGCAAUCACAACUUUUGUUGCCUUCAAUUCAAUGUACGGUUACUCUGGUAUGGCGGUUGUGUCUCCAGGAUCUUAGCAGCCACGCCAUCUGGUCCUUUCGUUGGGAACUUUCAACUGGUGAGCUUAUGGCCCAAGCAUCUGACGUACAUCUGCCACAAACUAUUGGUCACACGGCUACUACGGUCAACCUCAUCGUCACCGUCGUCUUCAGUCUCAGUAUCUGAUUCGCCAUCAGACAUCCAGGACUCCUUCUUUUUGGGCCGACCCAGAGGUAACAGCGACAAUACUUCCAGGUUCUUGGUUUCACGAAGCAAGACGGCGACAGACCGGACGGCAUGGCCCUCGCGCAGGCAGCCUUUGAGGCCCAGCUGCCUGAGAGGUAGCCCCCGUACGGCAUCUGCGAACACGCUGCUGUGGUAAGCCAUUGAUGGGCGUAAGGAAAGGUGGAGAUGCGCCAGCUCGGUGCACUGGCUGAUGAGUCCUGUGACCGGAGCAACCUCAGCUGAUUUCCUUUUGGAGAGGUCUUCACAGAUUUCUAUCGUCAGCGCCAUGAUUCCUUUGUAGUUUGCAACAUCGAAGAGCGACUCGAGGGGAAUGCCGCCUUUGUAGUGCAGUGAUUUCAGGCGCGAGCUGUGCAGCUUGACGUGGCUGGCAUGGUGGCAGCAGAUCAUGGUGAA